UUAAACCACAGAAGAAGAACCGUGUCCUUCACAACAGCCAACAUGGCGACCGCUACUAAAAUCAUCCAGAGGCUCCGAAAUUUGUUAUCAGGGCAUGACCUGCAAGGCAAACUGCAGCUGCGAUACGAGGAGAUAGCCAAGAGGACACAGCCUCCACCUAAACUGGCAGUUGGUCCCAGCCACAAGUUCGCUGACAACUAUUACUUCACCAGAGACGGACGCAGAGAGUCGACGCCGGCCACCGUCGUCAUGUCGACGCAGAAGGCCAUCGCUGCCGGCAGCCAAUCUGCCGACGUCCCAGCGAAGCUUCCUGUGACGCCAGGGCCUGUUUAUAAGGAGCCGCCACUGUCCACAGACCAACCGUACCUCUGAAGAUCUGGACCAGGACCGGGUCUAGGACCAGAACCAGAACCAGGACGAAGCCUCUCCUCAUUUCACUGCUGCAUUGCUCGCUGGUUGUAUCCUGUACAAUAGAACAUGUGAAUAAAAUGUGUUAUAUGUUAAUGUA